AUGAAAUCCCUCACUAUUCUCAGUAUCCUUAGCAUUGCUCUUACCGCAAUUGCCGCUCCUCCAUUUGACCCGGCUGGGGCCAAGAAUGUUGGCAACGGACAUGGCCAACAGUUUAUUGGAGGCCAAUGCCUAAGCGACGCUGAUUGUGGCAGCGGUUGCUGCGCCAAUCCCACCGGUAUCUGCUCUGGGCCCGGUGCGCAGUUUCAGAACGGAAAGACAGGCUGCGGCUUUCCAGGCGCCUCUACUUCAACUACCAGUGUUGCUGCUGCUGCCGUUGCUUCUGCUGCCGCUACCUCUGCUGUCCCCGCCGGAGCCUUGGCUUCUCCAGCUAACGGAGGCCCGUCAUUCGACCCGUCAGGAGUGAAGAAUGUUGGCAACGGAAAAGGUCUUCAGUUUAUUGGAGGUCAGUGCCUUAGUACUGCGGACUGCGCCAGUGGAUGCUGUGCUGGCCCAUCUGGUAUUUGCUCCGGCCCAGGUGCACAGUUUCAGAACGGAAAGACUGGCUGUGGCUUUGCUUCAUAG